AUGACCCCAACUUCCCGCCAUGACCUGAGCAUCAUUGCAUCAGCCCUCCUUAACGAGGUGGUGCUCUUGCCACACCCCCAGGGUGGGCCACAGGUGGGCCUUUGGUUUGCCCCCUAUCACCUGCUUGAUGACUGCCACAAGCUGUCGCUCCCCUACGACUCGACUUUCCUGCCGGGCCCUGAUGUUCCGCCCGCGGCCGCCCAGCGCCGGCCAUCAAGCCCACGCGACCAUGCCUCUUCCUCCACCAACGCCUCGGCUCUGCUGGUGUCCAUGGGACAUGUUGUCACGCCGUACACCAGCUUCCUGCUGGACUUCGGGCCCCUCAACAUUGCCCAGAGCGUCCGCCUGGGCCACUUUAUCAAGCAGCAUAUCUCCACCCUGUCCCAGGCACCGGAUCUCAUUGUGCUGAUCUGUGACCAGGAGUCCCAGGAGGACUGCUCCAAUGCUGUCGUCCUUCUGGGAGCAUACGUGACCCUCUUCCAUGAUGCUCAGUGGACCGCCAUCGACCGUUAUGUCAAUGAGUGCAUGCGGUCACAGCCGAAUGGGCAACUGAAGCUCUUCCGCGACCCCUCCUACUGGACCCCGCCGGCCACUUUUGCCAAUCUCUCCCCGCGUGACUGCCUUGCUGGGUUGAUUCACGCACGCGACCUCGGGUGGUUCGAUCUUUCCACCUUCAGCGUGCAGGAGUACCUCUUCCGUGACCACCCCAAUCAGGGUGACUGGAACUGGGUUGUUCCGCCUCCGGAGGCCCGGCGCAAGACGCUGGCCACUCGGCAGCGUCUCAUUCAACAGGGCAAGCUUUCCCCGGUCAAGUCGACCGCGGCUCAGGUUGAAGAUCGCUGCUGCGGCCUCUUGGCCUUCGCUGGCCCGGACCUGGCCGUUCCUCAUCAGCAUCCAUCCAUUUAUGUGGACCCCUUCAAGUCCCAAGGCAUUUCCACGGUUGUCCGUUUGAACAACGCCAAUUAUGACCGCGCUUACUUCCAACACCAGGGCUUCGAUCACUUUGACAUGAUCUACCCCGACGGGCACAACCCUCCGGAUGUCGUGCUCCAGCAGUUCUUGGCCCUGGUUCUUCGAGAGUACUCUCGCAAUGGCAGCAUUGCCCUUCACUGCAUGGCCGGUCUCGGCCGCACGGGAACGCUCAUCUGCGCCUCGAUGCUGGCCUUUGCGGGAUUCCCCGGGCCCAUGUCGGCGAUCGGCUACCUCCGCCUCAUGCGCCCAGGGUCUGUGGUCGGUCCACAGCAGGUCUACCUUCUGGAAUACCUCCCGCAGUUCCACCGCAUUGCGCGCGAGCUGCUCAUGGCCGCCCCGCCACCGUCGCCCAUCCGCCUUCACAGCUCGGUUCUGGGCGAGAAGGUCAUGGCAACGCUGCCGACGACGAACCCCUUCCCGCUUACUAUGUCGGAAACCGUGGCCGGGGCCUACGAGACAGACCAGGAGCCCGUCCUCCAGCCCCGCAAGGAGGCCACCUCCAUGGGGACCUACACCGCGCGUGUGGUCUCCCCAGGCACUCGACUUCCUCCUCGGACUGGCUCUGGGACUCCCUGAGCCAUAGGCAGGCCUGGCCUUCCCCUCCCGGGGUAUCCUCUGGAGGGCGGCUCUGUGCUUUGUGAGGCCAGCUGUGUGUGUGUGUGUGAGAGAGA